GCCUACGUGUGUGGCGGUACGACAACAUAACAUUACUCAGUCGAACGUUUGCCCGUACGCACGUGCUGUUCGGGCAACAUGUAACUGCGAUACCAUAAGCGAAACAGCGACGUCACGGUUGGAAUGAUGUUUCAGUCAUUUAAAUGCUGAGCAACUAAGACGAUCAUGAUUGGCUCUUUGCUAAGAGCGGCUUUAAUCUCAAUAUUUCUAGUCACAGAAAUCAAGUGCGAUCGAAAUAUUGGAUGGACACCAAUUUGGCAGAAAUAUACAGGCUGCUUGUUUAAUCGGAAUGUUUGCACAAAGCAAGAAUGGUGUUUUGACGAUCAUGCAUUUGGACAGUGCGUUUCAAAAUGGAGUUACGGUGAUCAAGAGUACAUGUAUAAACUGUUGGUCGAUAAUCUUAUGGUGUUAAGAGAUGAUAUGUUGUUUUUAUACCGUAAUGGCUAUACUUGGACACAUCCCUAUACGCAAUGCAUACUUCAAUAUAGAUUAAAGUCUAUAAAAUUCCGAACGUCUGUUGACAUUUCAGCAUGUGAUCAAUAUUCUAAAAUCAAUGAUAAUACACGGUUUGACGAUGAAGAAAUCAUCGAUGUCCCAUCACAACCAGACUUCUACAUGGAGCCAAUGAAUGUUGCGCAAAACUAUGAAGGACAGUUUUAUGUAGAUACAGGCGAUGACUAUGAUGAUAUUGCCAACAUUCGUGUUCGACCGAAAUCUAUCAGAAAUAAACUUCAAGGAACUCCUUUAUACUUGCCUUGGAUGCCUGACGGAAAUCCAUAUGAAAAUGAAGUAAUAGAUGAAAAGUAUGGUCAAGUAAGAUUCCGUCAAAAUUACAACAUGCCAAAUGGUUUCAGAUCAGGUAAGGUUAAGGAUAAAAUGAUCAACGAAUGGAAUGAAUUACGCCGAAUGGAUUUAGCAGCUAAAGAUGUUGAUGGUUCGGAUAAAGCAUACACAGAGGGUGGUUUAGUAUUUCUACCUAGAAAAGGAUUGUUAAUUUUAGGAGCCAACGAAAUAGAAGACGAUGAAUUUCUCAACGAUUUCCUUAAAAGUUACAACCCUGAUUUAGGAUGGGGUUUCAAAAGACCGGAAAGGCUAGAUGUCAAAAAGCCGGGCCCUUUCUUUAAAACAAACAACUAUGCAUUUAUAAACAAUGAUUCAGAUGAUCUUAGCCAGGGAGAAGAUAUUACAAAAACAGUAGACGCUUCUACUUUAUUAGGAACAAUUAGAAAAUCCGGAUUUGACGACGAUGAUAAACCUAAAGAAAAUAGAGAACUUGUGAAAUCAACUCAGAAUGAUUUUAAAACUGUUUAUUAUAGUAAAAUAGCACCUGAUAAGAUUAAUUCGAUUAACCAGAAAGAAAACAAACCGAAAUUAAUAGAUGAUGAUCACUAUGAUAUUGUAGAUACAUCAUACGUUUACAUUCAAAUAAAAGAAUUAAUUAAAAGUGAAAAACGUGCUCAUCACUUACUUGAAACAUUGGCUAAAAUUAUAAUGGUUAAUUUUAAGUCUUUUAUUAACAUUCAUGUUAACGGGGAUGAAAUAACGUUUAAACUACUUCCAAGUUCUGGAUUUAAUACUUCAGAUAUAAUAAAAAAAAUAGAGAGUGCAAAAGAAAAGUUUUAUCAAAAGUCAGGUUUCACUAUAAUAUCAGUGGGUAUUGGAGAUAAGACAAAAUUACCUUCAGUCAUGAUGAAAUCAACUUAUGAAGAGAGUAAAAAUUUCGAAUGGAUAUUCAUUUCAGUAGCCAUCAUGUGUGCUGCUGCAGUAUCAGCUUUAGGAUUAAUUUUAAUGAAAAGACAUACAAAAAUUAAGGAUAAAUUUGAAGGAUUGAUAGAAAGUGCUCAAGAAGUUACGAAAGAUUAUCAGGAGUUAUGCCGUGCAAGAAUGUCUAACAAAAAAGAAGAACCAAGUGUAGCCUCACAAAGAAUAGCUAGUUUAUCUAAAGAUCCUGAUAAUAGUCCAUCAUCUAGAUCGAGUACUUCAUCAUGGGGUGAAGAACCAGUUCUAUCUAAUAUGGACAUUUCAACUGGGCAUAUGGUUUUGGCCUAUAUGGAAGAUCACCUGAACAAUAAAAACAGAUUAGAUAGUGAAUGGGCAGCCUUAUGUGCAUAUGAAGCAGAACCAUGUGCUAUAACUAUUGGAAGAAAGCCUGAGAACGCUAAAAAGAAUCGUUAUAUUAAUGCAAUUCCUUAUGAUCAUGCCAGAGUUGUAAUAAAUGAGUAUGCUAACAUGAAUAAUUCAGAUUACAUCAAUGCAUCCACGAUAACGGAUCAUGAUCCUCGAAAUCCAGCUUACAUAGCAACUCAAGGCCCUCUUCCUGAAACUUCAGCUGAAUUCUGGCAAAUGGUAUGGGAGCAAGGUUGUGUCGUUAUUGUCAUGUUAACUAGACUAGUGGAAAAUGAUGUAACAUUGUGUCAUCGUUAUUGGCCUGAAGAAGGAUCUGAACUGUAUCACAUAUAUGAGGUGCAUUUAGUCAGUGAACACAUUUGGUGCGAUGAUUAUUUGGUAAGAAGUUUCUAUUUAAAGAACCUAAAGACUGGUGAAACUAGAACAGUCACUCAAUUCCAUUUCUUAACAUGGCCUGAUGGAGGAGUUCCAAAUACUACUAAGGCUUUAUUAGAAUUCCGAAGAAAAGUAAAUAAGUCAUUCAGAGGUAGAUCAUGUCCAAUAGUUGUUCAUUGCAGUGAUGGUGUAAGUCGCACUGGAUCCUAUUGCCUUUUGGAUAUGGUAUUGAAUCGUAUGGCAAAGGGUGCUAAGGAGAUUGAUAUUGCAGCCACACUAGAACACAUUCGAGAUCAAAGAUCUGGAGCUGUAGCUACAAAAGCACAAUUUCAAAUGGUUUUAGCAGCUGUUGCAGAGGAAGUUCAAGCCAUUUUAAAAGCUUUGCCCCAGCAACAACAAACACCUCAGCCAAUACCUCCACCUCCCCCACCAGCCCAACAUUAAUAUAUUCUAUUAUAUUACUUACUACAAGAUAAUGAAUCCUGUCCAUCAUUGCUAGUGUUUUUAUUAAUAGGCUCAAAGUAUAUAUUUUUUUUUGAUCUCAUUAAUUAUCUGCUAGAUAUACCCUUUUAUAAUAACCAAUUUGGUUAUAUAUAUAUUCAACGCUUUUAAGUCCAAAAUUAUAUUAUUGCAAUACAGAUGUUUUUGAGAUUUUAAAAAAUUUAUUCAUUAAAAAAUAUAUAAUGGUCAAUUGUUACCAAGUUCAUAUUUAGAAUAAUUAAAACAAGAGAAGUUAUGAAAUAGAAAUACAAAAUAUAUAUUUUAAUAUCUUGUUUUAUUUUUCAUUAUGUUAAGUUUUUUUAUUUUGAUUAAAAAUUAACUGUUAAUUCAGAUUUGAAAUUUUAUUGAUUAACCAGAGACAUUCAUUUUAAAAUCAUUUUAUUGUAAAACGAAUUGAUAUCAACUAUUAUCUUUUAGUCACAAAAUUGUCUUAUAUUAUUGGUGUUCGUUUUUCUUAUAUAAAUUAUAAGUGUUUAAAAAAUAUAAAACUACCUAAUAUUCUAUAUUGGAUGUUCAGUAAUUAAGGAAACAGUAUUCAAUUUUUCUCAUUGUUUGUAACAACUGACCUAUUUCCUUACUUAGUGAAUACUCUGUGUAAAUGAUAAUUUGUAGCUACAAUAACUUAAAAAAUAUCUAAGGUAUAGUUAUACAAGCUACUUUAAUUGUCUUUUAUAAGAUCUAUAAUACUAUAUAUGAAUAAAAUUUGAAUUGUCUCAACUAUAAA